AUAAAUAGAGGCACCAACCUGGUGAAGGGCAUCAGUUGUUAACACUACUGCACCAUGAACACUAAGGUACUUCUCCUGUUGGCUUUGGUGGCUGUGGCUGUCGCAGAUGACCUCCCCGGAAGCUAUGGUGCCCCGCAUGACUCCUCUGAAGAGCAUGAGCCCGCCAAGUAUGACUUCGAGUGGUCAGUAGAAGACGAGGAAUCCGGCAACGACUUCGGUCACCAGGAGAGCCGUGAUGGUGACCACACCCAGGGGUCGUACUACGUGCACCUUCCCGACGGUCGUCUGCAGACUGUGACUUACUAUGUGGAGGGUGACUCAGGCUACAUUGCCGAUGCCAAAUACGAAGGUGAGGCUCAUUACCCCGAGUCUGAUGAGUACAAACCACCCAAAUCCCAAUACGGCGCCCCCGACUCUCACGAGUCUUAGAAUCACAUCUCAUCCAGACCUGAGUAAGGAGCCCCUAGCGUCGAUGGAGUGAGUGGAGGCUCACGAGCGUCAAUCACUCAGGAGACAACAUCACCUCCACCAACAACUUAUGUAUGGUCCACUACUGUUGCGAAGAUACAGUGAACCAACUGGAUGUUUAUCUUCUUAAAGAGUAUAAUGAACGACUUCCUAUCGACCUGUUAUUUGUGAUGUUAACUAUAAUUUUUCUAUUUCCGUCUUCAUCUUGUUAAAUGGUUAAGGCUAGAAGUCCUCCUUGUUGUUCAUCCCUUAUUUUCUUUACUGUCAUACGUAUUUGUUGAAUGUGAAUAUUGUAUAUACAGUUAUAUAUUAAAUUACAUGACAUGAAAUAA